GCGAGCACGCGCGGCGCAAUGCCGGGGGAGCAGGUCUCGAGAGUCCGGGCUUUGUAUAGGCGAAUCUUGCAGCUACAUCGGGCUCUGCCCCCUGACCUCAAAGCCCUGGGUGACCAGUACGUGAAGGACGAAUUUAGGAGACAUAAGUCCGUUGGUCCUGGCGAGGCCCAGCGUUUCUUGAAGGAAUGGGAGACAUACGCAGCAGUGCUGUGGCAACAAGCCGAGGACAGCAGACAAAGCUCAACUGGAAAACCAUGUUUUGGCACCUCUCUCCCAGAAGAAAAACUCAAUGACUUUCGUGAUGAGCAAAUUGGACAGUUGCAAGAGCUGAUGCAAGAAGCUACUAAACCCAAUCGGCAGUUCAGUAUCACCGAGUCUACAAAACCACAGUUGUGAUACAAUAAUCUCAACAAAGUGGCUAAAAUUUAUAACCUGUUACCUCAUCUACCAUUGAUUCUCUAAAAUAUAUUCUUUCAGCUUUAAUGGAAUAAUCUCUUUUUUUUUGGACAGUAUGAAGAAUGCAUGAUCAAGAUCACAGCUGGCACACUAUGCCAUCAAUGCAAUGGCAUAUUUAUUUGCUCUGUGGCAUGUAGUUUUAUGGAAUUUAAUUUCUGGACUAAAGAAAGGUAUUAAAAAAGAUACACUUUGGGAUUAUGCUGAAAUUUUUUUGUACAUGAAUUUGUUUUAAAUUCUAUCCUCCUGAUUUGUCUCUAGCUUCAUCAGUUAAAUAAACAUAUCAUAAUAACAGAAGAUGUUGAAUUUCAAUAAGUUUAUUAUUAGACAUACUGUGAUUCUGAAAGUCCUACCAUUUCUUCUUUAAUAGUACACACCUGGCUAUCACUCAGAAUUUCGUCUUUCAGUCACAGUGAAAGUUUUAAGAAAAGCCUUACGAUUCAAUUGUUAAGAAUUUCAGUUAUUGUCUAAAGGUUGGGGAGAUGAAAAGUACUAAGUUGGUGCAUACAUUUAAAAAUCAAUUCUCUAUCAAAACCUGCAUGUA